UGUCGCGCAAGGGAAGAAAGAAACCAGAAAACUUGGAAGUGUUGUACAUUUUCAUACCGAUCUAAAAUCUGCUCCGGGUUUCCGUCUUCUCUGUCCCGUGGCGUGAAAAACGGCGGACGUAAAAGUGAAAUUCCGAAUUGUGAUACCUAUUUUACUGCACAUUGCCCCCACAUUGUUUAUCGCUAGUGCAACGGUCGUUGCUUGAAUCCGAUUCGUCAGCGACUUCCGAUCCGUGUUAAUUUGGUGUGCUGGAAAGAAAAUCGAAGCAAAAAAGCCCCGUCGUCGUACCCGUGUGCCGUUCAUACCCAGGAACUGAGUGAAGGAAACAGAUUUUCCACGAACGACCAUGAGUCCCGAAUACGACUACUUGUUUAAGCUGCUGCUGAUUGGUGAUUCCGGUGUUGGAAAAUCAUGCCUGCUGUUAAGAUUUGCCGACGAUACAUACACGGAAAGUUACAUCAGCACAAUUGGUGUAGAUUUUAAAAUUCGAACCAUAGAUCUGGAUGGCAAAACAAUCAAAUUGCAAAUUUGGGAUACUGCCGGUCAGGAACGCUUCCGCACGAUAACGUCGUCCUACUAUCGCGGUGCACAUGGUAUCAUCGUGGUGUAUGACUGUACCGAUCACGAUUCGUUCGAGAACGUAAAGCAAUGGUUGGAGGAAAUCGAACGCUACGCUUGCGACAACGUAAACAAACUGCUAGUGGGCAACAAGUGUGAUCUGCAGACGAAGAAACGUGUCGAUACUACAACGGCAAUGGAAUUGGCAAACCAGUUGGGCAUUCCGUUCCUUGAGACUUCAGCGAAAAAUGCCACUAACGUAGAGCAGGCAUUCAUGACCAUGGCGGCCGAAAUAAAGAAUCGUGUCGGACCCCCGUCCAGUGCCGCAGAUCCGCCAAGUGCUGUAAAGAUCGACAAGGGGCGCAACGUGGAGGCAAAGUCGGGCUGUUGCUGAACACCAGAUUCGUUUCGGGUCAGCAGUUAUUAUUAUGAUUAUCAUCCUCUCAAACCGUUCGACCACCAUGCUCCUUUCCCCCUCUUUAAAAGCUACAUGCCAGCCGUAACAGCAGCAUGAUUAAACAACAAUAGACACACAAACACAAACAAUGGAAACAAAAGUUCUACAGAAAAAGGGAUGCAAACAACUGCUGAAGUAAGAAAAAUCACCAACACACAUCCUCAAAAACAUACAUCAAAUUCUAUUACCCAGAAUCGAUUCCUUCCAAUAUGAAGCUCGACAGAUAGGGCACGAAACAGCUAGCCAGGAUACGCAGGAAGGAACUCGAUCACAGUUUUUGAAGGUGUUGAUUUUUUUUUGUCUGUCUCUAAUGCGCAUCGUGAUGUUUUCGGUUUUAUGAUCCCUUUUCACGUGUCCUGCGAGUAUCAAACACACACAAACACAUCUUUGCUGGAUAGAUUAUUACUAUUAUAAUUAUAUCUUUAUAUGAGUUAUCAAAUACAACAUACAACCUUUUUGUUGUGGGGAAACAUAACUCCUUGAGCGAUAUGGUCGUGUCCUGUAACGCAAAACAAAAAAGGAAGCAGCAAAGCGCGAACGUGUGUGCGUAGUUGUGUACACGUGGGUGCAAUGCCUUUUUGCCUACGAAACGGUGGUAGUCCGUGCAGAGAGCGAAGGAGAGUGUGUGUCCGUAAAAAAAAGAAAGGUAGAAAUAUAAAUAUCAUAAGAUCGAAAACGGCUAACGCGUAAAUGCUUGUGUGCAUUACUGCAUAAUUUUUGUUUCGAUUUUUCGGAGGCCUGUGGACAAGGGAUAAGGGAUUUAGUUGAAAGUUCUGUAACCAUGAUCCACGCAAUUCAAGCAUUCGAUAGUAGCGGUUCAUCGAAAGAGGUGCAUAUAGCAAACCCCACAAAAACAAUACAAAACACAACACACAUAAACAAAACAAGCAAACUAAAAGAGACAUAAUAAAUAGUGGAAAUUGGA